AUGCCGCCCUCCAACACCACGGGCUCCUUAGUGGGAGGAGGGGUCCCACUCUCGGUGCCGUUCGACGGACCCGGGGAUUACUUAAUUUUCAUUUUCCAGAUCGUGUUCGCUACCAGCACCGUGCUGGUAGCCGGGCCCGUGGUCGUCACCAUCUUGGCCACGAGAGCCCUCCGUCUCCAGAACCGGUUUGUGUUCAUGCUGAGCACCAGUAUCUGUGACACUCUGGUGGGCUUUUCGGUGUAUUAUCUCGGCCUGUUCGACGUUUACGAGGGAUAUCCGCCCAGAGGUGGGACGUAUAACAUCCUACCCUCGCUCCUGGGGGUCAACAUACUGACGUUUAUGUUCGCGCAGUUCGACCGGUACUUGGCCGUGUGCCACCCGUACGUGUACAGCCGCUUCAUCAGCAGGAAGCUGGUGGUCGGCGUCAACGUGUACUGCUGGCUUUACAACAUCGCCCACCUGGUCGUCAGGAAUCUGCUGCCCCCCUCCAAAGCGUCACAGCUGUAUGUGUCCAGUAUUAUAGUCUUACAGAUCAUCGUUGUCACCAAAGUCGUCAUGACCAUUAAACUGUACGUGGUUGCUAGAGUCCAGGUGGACAGGGAGCCCCCCGGCGCGGAGAAAGAGAGCAAGAAGGAAUCCUUGAGGAUUCUUAUCUUCGUGGUCGUUAGCUUCUUGGUGUUGUGGGGCCCGUCGUUUGUGAACAUCAUCAUCCGAUUCGGCUCAGGGGGAGGGCUGAUGUUUAGGAACGAAGCCACCAACGCGUUCGCCAUAAUGGCUCGCUUCAACGCGGUGUGCACGCCGUCCGUGUACAUCUGGGGGAGUCCGGCUCUGAGAGAGGCCCUGGUCCGGACCGUGUGGGGCCGAGUGUGUCCGAGGUGCCGCGGGAAGUAA